UUGGCAAAUAAAAGGAAUGGAUGCGUUGAGGUUUUCUUUCAGGAGGAGCAGAAUCGAAGAGCAGUCCAAGAAGCAAAGAAACGGGAGGAACUAGCUGAGAGAGGCACAUCUGUGAAAAUUCUGAAGCAUGGAAAAGCGAAGCGCAAAGAUACAACUAGAUUACUGGUGAACACAAAUCGAGAACGAAGUCCAGGUGGAACUGAUUCGACGAUUAUCAGUCCGUGUCUCAUAAAGAGAAUAUCACCAGCGGUACGGGAAGAAACGGUUUCUGAUAUGGAAUUCGAAUCAACAGUAUGGCGUGAGAAUAUCGAGCUGAUCGGCGAAGAAAAACUAGAAGCCGCUGAUUUGUUCAUAGAAGAAGAGGAGCGCUGCAGUUCCUCGUUGAUGGUAUCCUCACCUUCAACACAACCGGCACCAUUACCAUCCCUUGAGCAACUUCUUGGCCGAAUACCUUUGGCCAAUCGAGUUACUGUUGAUGUUGGAGUGUCGCAUCAGUCAAUGCUGCAAUCCCUUCAUGACGUGUUCGCCAGCCAAAAGUCAGACAGUGAGACGCCGAUUUGCGAAGAGCCUAAUGUGCUAGCAAGUGUAGUGAAAAUAGCCCAGAAGAAGCAGGGCGUGCCCAUAGCGCUCACCAAGACAGAACCCAAAGCCCCCGAAGAGACCCCGGAUUACCCAAGAAAGGUGAAGAAGGAGCGUCGACGUCGGAAGAAGCGCAGCGGCGAGCGGGCAGAAUUAGAGGCUGAUGUUGCGAGUGUGGACGAGGCGAUGGCUCUAGCCGAAACAGCUCCGGUUCCAAACGUUCCCUAUAUACCCAGUCGGGUUUUUAAUGAAAGUGAAAUGGCCCUGAAAAAAUUGGGAUCAUUUGAGGCUAAGGAGAAAAUGCUACGCUCGCUGAGGGAGAAAAUACGUAAAAUCCGAUGA